CUUAACAUUUCGUCAAACACUUUCCACUCAUCACUUUCUCUCCUCCCAAACACAAAUUCUCUCUCUCUAAAUCAAGCAACAACUUUUCCACCGUCAUCAAUGGCUUGCGCAGGCCCCGCCACUGCUCUCAGGACCAUAUCCUCUUCUUCUCCCAAACUGCACAACACUCGAUCACCCUUCUCUUCAUCGUUAUCACCACCGAAAUCUUCUCUCUCUUUCACUAAGGCCUCAAGCCCAUCUCUGGUAUCAACUCCCAAGCUGCAAAUCACCUCUAAUCCGUCGUCCAAAACACUUUUCACUUGCAGAAGCCAAGCCUCUCCAUCAGAAUCUGAAACACCCACUAAGGUACAAGAACUACAUGUUUAUGAGAUAAACGAGCGUGAUCGUAGCAGCCCUGCUUACCUUCGUUUAAGCAAGAAAGAAGUUAACUCUCUUGGAGAUCUAGUCCCUUUCAGCAACAAAUUGUACACUGGUUGUCUCCAAAAGAGGAUUGGCAUCACAGCAGGGAUAUGCAUUCUGAUCCAGAACAAAGCUGAAAAGAAAGGUGACAGGUACGAGGCCAUCUACAGCUUCUACUUCGGUGACUACGGCCACUUAGCCGUGCAAGGCUCGUAUUUGACCUAUGAAGACACUUACUUGGCUGUGACCGGUGGGAGUGGCAUCUUCGAAGGGGCCUCCGGCCAGGUGAAGCUGCACCAGCUCAUCUUCCCUUUCAAGCUUUUCUACACUUUUUACUUGAAAGGAAUCAAGGACUUGCCUGAGGAGCUUUUGGGUGUCCAUGUUGAGCCCAGCCCAGCUGUUGAGCCCAGCCCAGCAGCCAAGGCCUGUGAGGCCCAUGCCGUCAUCAAAUCUUUUACUGAUUAGACUAGACUAGAGUAGUUAAGGAUUCUAAUUAUUGUCGGUGUCUCUCUUUGUUGGUUCAUUUUUGGGAUUUACUUCUUUUUCUUUCAGAAUCAAUAGUAUAAGAGUGAACUUUCUUCUGACUUAGCGGUGUUGCUGUUGUUAUGAUGUUAUAUUUAUUGUCCUUUUGUGCAUGUGAAUGAAAAAAAAGGCGUUCAGUGGAAUUGCUUUUGUUA